GUGCUACGAUUUGUUUGUAGUGCAUAUCCUCUAAACCAAAUGUUUGCAAAAAGUAUAUAAGGUGGAUAUAAUAUUCUUAUCUAUCUCGACCCAAAGGCCACUCAAAGUAAUGGAACAACCCGUUAAUGAAAUCGAAGGCCGUCUGGCUCUCAUAACUGGAGCGUCUUCAGGAAUAGGGGCCGCAUGUGCUCGUAGACUUGCCACAAGGGGCGUGCAUCUCGCCUUAACCUACUCCAAAAACCUCGACGCGAUGCGCGCGGUGCUUGACUCCAUCAAACUGCAACGGAACCAAUCCACAGGACCACCCCCACGCAUUUCAAUACGUCAAGUUGAUGUUGGCGUCCCCGAACAGAUCAGUCGCAUGUUCCACGAGAUUGACCAAGCGCACAAACAACUUCCAGACAUCUUGGUGUCAAAUGCUGGAUACGGCAGGCGCAUCCCACAAAUAUGGGAUAUAUCGUUGGAGGAAUUUGAUUACACACUCAAUGUAAAUUUGCGGGCGUCAUUUAUUCUUGUAAAGGGGGUGGUGGAGCGGAUGAAGGAACAGCGAUGGGGACGGAUUGUGUUUAUGUCUUCCAUAGCAGGAUAUGGAGGGGGGAUUAACGGGUGUCACUACGCAGCGUCCAAGGGUGGCAUGACUGGCAUGAUGAAAAAUCUUUCCACCCGUCUUGCCGAAUAUAAUAUCAGUGUCAAUGACGUUGCACCCGCUAUGAUUGGCGAAACGGGCAUGAUACCCAACGCCCAGGCCAUUCCGGAAGUCGCUGCGGGUAUCCCAUUAGGCCGAUUAGGAACUCCAGAGGAGGUUGCAAAUGUGGUGGAGAUGUGUGUGCAGACGGGCUAUUUAACAGGGCAGAGUGUGCUGUUGGCUGGGGGUCUGAAAUAAAGAUGAAGAGUUAUAGAGCGAUCCCCCUCCAGCCGUGAUUUUCAUGUUCAUCAUUCGCACAUUAGGACUGCUUGUGAGGUAUAUGCUCAUAGAUGGGAGGCUAUUUGAUACUCUGUUUUCAUGUUACAGAUUUUUGCUACCUAAGCACAAGCAGUUGCAUUCGAUAACAGGCUCGAAGAAACUGCUUUUUAUGAUGGUAUGCUAGAUAAACAUUCCCGUGUUCACAUCCAGAUAGCAUUUCAAAUGCUAAACUACCUAC